UAUGUGAAGUAACUGCAUGAAUGAAUCGGUUUAUGGUCACUGUUCAUGUUUGCAGUAGUUGUUUAUUACUCUUCCUUGACACGGACGGUGACAGGUGGACCAACAGAGCAACAACUAGGACACCUUGAUGUAAUGCCUGUCCUUGUGCUGUCGGAGGGGGCGGGGCCCGGCGCCCAGGUACCAUCACACCUGACCAGGAUUCCCUUCUCGCUCAUCAGCACCAGCACCAACUACACCAACAAAACAGUCAAGGGGAAGGUGGUUCUUAAAGGGCCGCUGGUGUUUUUAGCAGCUGACAACUUCAUCCUGAAGACUGUCAUCCAAGAAGAAGAAUCUCAGCCGAGCGCCUCGUCUCAGAAGUUGUCCAUUAACGUCGUCCUGUUUGGAGCGCUGGCCAAGGACUUCAAUCAAGCUGUCAAUCAAGGGGAUGUGGUGGUGGCCUCUGGCUUCACUGUGGGCAAAUCUCCAACAUUUCAUAAGGAUAAACUGCACCCCUGUAACCUGCUGCUGUCAGAAGAUGACUCCUGCAUUUAUGUGUCCCGCCUGCCGCCUCCUCCUGACCCCAGAUCCCCACCGGCCAUCAAGAGGAGAUCUGCACUCUCCGCCGAGGUUUCCAGGACUACCAAGGUUCCGAAAUAUACGUACGUCCGACUGAGUGACCUGAAGGCUGGAUCUGUAGUCAACGUGUACGGAGUGGUGCUCUUCUUCAAACAGCCGUUUAAGAGCCGCGGCACAGACUUUUGCUCCAGCCUGAAGAUUACAGAUCAGUCCAACCAGAAGAUCUGCUGCACCGUGUUCUGUGAGAAGCUGGACGACCAUCCAAAAAUCUUUAAAAUCGGAGACAUCGUCCGCAUGCACAGAGUCAAGACUAAGUUCUUCAAUGACUCCAUCACGCUGAUCAACACCUUCGGUUUCUCUGUGGUGACAUUUGACGGAGCGGUGGGUGGGGCCGUGGAGCCGCGGACAUCCAGCCGCUCUUUCCACUUCGACCAGGAGGAUGUUCAGAUUGUGGAGGAGCUGCGAUCCUGGGCCGCCAGCCAGGCUCUCCUCCCCCCGGUUCCCAAAAUCCCUCUGUCUGCUGUUCAGCCCAGUGCUUACUUCGACCUGACCUGCCAGCUGCUGGCCAAAGCUCCCAUCGACACCACCUGCACCCUGCUGAGGGUGUGGGAUGGGACCAGGUGUCCUCACACUCUGCUGAAGGUCAUAGUUGAGCCGAACGUCACAGAGGGACCGUCCUCCUUCUCUACAGUGCGAGAGAACCUCAUCGCCAACAUCCUCGUCUACGACAACCACGUGGAGGUCGCCAGGCAGCUGAAGCCCGGGGCCUUCCUGAGGAUUUACAACCUACGAGCGAUCCCGGGAUCCAGUAAGGUUCCCGGCCUCACCAGCAGCCAGUCGGAGGAGGUGGAUCACCUGGCAUUUCACUUGCAUGGAGGGACGGCAUACGGCAGGGGGAUUCGGGUUCUUCCAGAAAACAGCCCAGAUGUGCAGGAGCUAAAGAGAGUCAUGGAGGCCGUACCAGACAAUGACAUGGACGACGAGCUGAACGACUCAGCGUUGUUGGAGAUCUGGAGCACGCCACCAGAGUACCUGGAAUUCUUUCUUGACCUUGACAAAAAUCUCACCACGAAGAGAAUAUUUUUUGCUGGGGGAGGAUUUUUGAUACAGAACAGCUACCAGUGGACUUGGUGGUUUGUGUUUCCUGGAAAUGCUGUCAAGACAAAGUGUAGGCAGUGCUCUGAGGCUGCAGUGAGGGAACCGUCUGCUGAAGGAGUCAAGCUGAUUGACGAGAAGAUCAUUGCAGAAGCUCUCGGCGUUCAGCUGCUGCAGUUCGUCCUGCUGAUGAAGCUCGAGCUGCAGGACGCCACCGACACGCUGGAUGUCUUCCUGUGGAGAGACGGCGAGUCUUUCUUCGGUGUGUCGGCAGAGGACAUUGCAGCCAAUCAGGAGGCUCAGAACAGCAUCUGUCAAACGAUGGACUCCCUCUGUCCACCGGGGGGCCGCACUGGUGAGCGUCCGUGGCUCGAUUUGUGUCUGACGGCGUACCGAGCAGAGGACAACGGGAGAAGGGACCAAACCUGCUAUCAGAUCUGCGACACCAUCAUCACCAAACACCCCUCCACACGGUCUGACCCCGACCCCGCCUGAACCACCUGGAGGUCAAAUGUCCUGCAGGGAGAAAAAAAGUUGUUGUAUUUUACGUACUUUUUGAUUUUUAUUCAUAUUUAUUGUAUAAAACUAAAUGUACAUACAGUGUUGUUCCAAAAUGUAUGAAUUUCAUAUGUGAAUGUGUUUUUAAAAUUUCUAUUGUUUCUUGUGCAGCUAACAGAUCCACCUUUUAAUGACUCGUUCAAAAUAAAAGAAAUUACUUUUAA